AUGAAUGUAGACAGUAUAUCGGAUAUAAAUGCAUCGAUAAAUGAUUCACAAAAUAAAAAAUAUGAAGAAUUAUUAGAAAGUUUUGAAGAGCUAGAAUUACAUAUACCAGAAGAAGGAGCGGAUUAUGUGCAUUUCCUAAAUUUAAAUGAAAUAUGUAUUGGAAAAGUUGAAAAAUUAAUUGGAAAUGAAGAAGAUACUAAAUCUACAUAUUUUCUUGCUCUUUUGCAAAUCAAAGAUUCAUUAUAUGAACAAAGAAAUUUGUUGUUAAAUUUGGCUGAAACAGAAAACUGCAGUCGGAAUACUUUACAGAAAACAGAAAAUGAUUCACUGUUAAAAUCAUUACAAAGCGAACCUGUUUCACAAGGAUUAAGUGAUGUUGUUGGAUUGAUUGAAGUUAAGCAAGUUUUAAAAGAAGCUUUAGUCUACCCAAUUAAAUUUCCACAAAUAUUCACAGGUUCGCGAAAGCCUUGGACUCGUAUAUUAUUGUAUGGACCUCCUGGAACUGGAAAAACAUUUAUCUCAAAUGCAGUCGCUGUAGAUGUUGGAGCAAGUUUUUAUAACAUAUCUAGUGUUCAUUUACUGUCUAAAUAUAUUGGGGAAUCAGAGAAAUUAAUUCACGAACUAUUUGCACAACUACGAAAGAGCCAAAAUCAAAAUGUUGUUCUUAUAGAUGAAAUUGAUUCGUUGUGUAAAACACGCAUUUCGGAUGAAGCUGAUCAUACAAGAAGGAUAAAAACCCAAUUGUUAACAGAAUUCCAAAAUUUAAAUGAUAGUAAAACUGUUUUAAUUUGUACUACAAAUUGUCCAUGGGAUAUUGAUGCUGCUUUCAUGAGAAGGUUUCAACGGAAAAUAUAUGUUCCACUUCCAAACACAGAUGAACGAUUGGAAAUCUUACGUAAACAUUUAACAGGAACAUCAACAAAUAUAACAACAUCAGAAUGGGAGACAAUUAUAAAAAGUACACAUGGUUAUUCUGGUUCUGAUUUAGAAAUUGUAUCAAAUUACGUAUUAUAUGAACCUGUUAAAGAUUUAGAAAAUGGAACACAUUGGAUCAUAUCACCGGAUGGUUUUUAUUCACCCGCAUCAAUGCAGACACCAGAUGCAUUCGAAUCAAAUAUUGAAGAGUUAAAUAAUAAUAAGAUUAGAACGUCAAUUUCAAGUUACAUCAUUAUUUAAUAUUGUGUAAUUCUAACGAACUUUGCAAUAAUAUUGGUUACUGUACUA